AUGGCGAAAACCUCACAACUAAAACAACUAAAAUCUGCACUCUCUUCGGCAGGAUUGUCACGAAAUUCUCAGCCGCAGAAACAUAAGAAGAAGAAAAGCGGGGAAGGAACUGCUAUCGAAAAGGCAAAGAAGGCGGCCAAGCUCGAGGCCAUCCAGCGCCGAUUGAAUCCAUUCGACGAACGGGUCACGAGGCUAAAACACGAUGUCGGUGGGCGAAAGUUAAAGGGUGUCGUUGGGAAACCGGCAGUGAGUCGGCAGGCUGGGUUGGAACAGCGCAAGAAAACACUUCUUGUCGAGUACGAGCAGAAAGGCCGUACCGGGGGAGUAGUGGAUCGGCGGUUCGGAGAGAAUGAUGCGACGAUGACGCCUGAGGAAAGAAUGCUCGAGCGAUUCACUCGCGAACGACAGCGACAGACCAAAGGAGCGGUGUUCAAUUUGGAAGAUGAUGAGGAGCUUACGCACUAUGGCCAAAGCUUGAAUGCGUUGGAUGACUUUGAUGGGGCAGGGAUCGAAUUGGACGAUGACGAGGAGAGCGGACAAAUUGAUGCAAACGUCGUUCGACAUGAUCAUUUCGGAGGAUUUGAUGAUGAUGGGAAAGAGGACGAGUCCGAACGAACGAAAUCCAAAGCAGAGGUCAUGUCGGAAAUUAUCGCAAAGAGCAAAGCGUACAAGGCAGAGAGACAAGAGCAGCGCGAGGCGGACGACAAUGCUCGACACCAGCUCGACCAAGAAUUCGCUUCUAUUAGAGAUCUACUAUAUGCGCCAGCCCCUCCGGAUCCUUCGUCUAGUGGAAGCAACAGUAUACCACUCGGAAAACCUCGUAUGCAACAUACUUCGAAUGAGACAAAGCCAGAUGAUGAAAAGACCAGUGCGAACGACGACAAGACCGGACCUAUCGCAAAAACAGACGAAGACUACGACCAGUUUGUGCGCGAACUCGUCUUUGACAAACGCUCUCGCCCCACCGACCGGUUGAAAACUGAAGAAGAGUUGGCGAAAGAAGCUGCUGAAGCACUUGAAAAGGCUGAAAAGGCGAGGCUAAGGCGUAUGCGCGGGGAAGAAAGUGAGGAUGAGGAUGAACGAAGUGGGAAGCGACGGAGGAGGGCUGCCCAGGCAGAUGAUCUAGAGGACGACUUUGUGGAGGAAGAUGACGCCUAUGGGCUUGGGGCUGGGCUGGAAGGGGUGACUGGAGAAGUGGGUGAGGACCAGGAAGUGGAAGAGGGAAGCGAAGAUGACGGGAGCGAGGAGGAAGAAAGCGAGGGAUCUGAGAAAGAAAGCGAGGCAGGUGCAUCUGAGGAAAUCGACCCAUCUGACCUCUCGGAUGGGGCUGGAGAGGACAAUGAAUCUAUCGAAGGAGAGGUCGAAGCACUUGUCCCCUCUCAAACCAAAUCAUCCAAAAUUAAAAGGGAGCGGAAAGGUCCUGCUAAAUCAACUCUCCCAUUUACUUUCUCUUUCCCUUCUUCCCACGAAGAAUUGCUUGAGAUACUAGAUGGUGUAUCGCAAGAAGACAUCCCGACAGUGAUUCAUCGUAUUCGAGUUCAGUAUCACCCCAGCCUUGCGGAAGGGAAUAAACAGAGACUGCAGUCCCUUGUCGCUACCCUCCUCGACUAUACCCUCUACGUAACCUCCUCACCUACACCAUCGUUCGCCAUAGUGUCAUCUCUUACACCACAUAUAUAUGCACUAAGCACCGCCUAUCCAACCAUUGCCGCUCAAGCAUUCGUAUCCAAAUUAACGCUCAUGCAAAAAAACCUCGCUCGGGGGAUAGCUCACGGAGCUUCAUUGCCUAAUUCACACACCUGGCCAGGAACGGCUGAACUUGCUCUAUUAAGGCUUGUAGGUGUAGUUUGGUCGACGAGCGAUUUGAACCAUGCAGUAGGAACACCUGCCAUCUUGUUGAUCGGGCAAUACCUUUCCCAAUCGCGGCUAAGGAAUCUAGAGGACAUUGCGUCGGGGUUAUUUUUGUGCACCCUAGUGCUACAGUACGAGUCAUACUCUAAACGAUUCGUACCAGAGACAAUCAACUUUUUGCUCAAUGCCUGCCUUAAUCUGGCGCCUCAUAAAUUCACAGAAACAAAUCUUCCAGGAUGGUUCCCUGCACCCGAACUAGGAUCUCUACCAGGCCUCAGGCUCAAGUCAUCUGGGAAGCUUACACCUAGGACUCCUAAUCUUUCUACGCUACUUAAUUUGCAUAGAGACGGCGAACCGCAAGACAAAAUCGACUUGUUGGCGUUGGCAUUCACUCUAUUGGCCAAAUUUGCCCAGAUGUAUGCCAGCUUGAGCGGGUUCGUCGAGUUGUUCGAGCCAGCCAAGAAGGUCCUCGAGGGUCUUAAUCUGGAGAAGCAGUCCUCUGAAUUACAAAAACGGCACUCAUCAACUCUGGAUGCCAUCUCUCGAACGCUCAAGCAUUCCCUGAGUGCACGGAAGCCUCUCAAGCUUCAAGCCCACAAACCCAUUCCAAUCGCGACUUGUGUUCCCCAGUUCGAUGCUCAAUAUUCUGGACGAAGACCACAUGAUCCAGACCACGAGCGUGCGGCAGCUGCCAAGCUGCGUGCAGAGUACCGAAAGGAAAGAAAGGGUGCACUUCGUGAAUUGAGAAAAGAUAAUAAAUUCCUCGCAGCGGAGAGGGCAAAGAGACAGGAGGAGGUGGAUGCAGCAUACAAGCAGCGGAUGGCGAGGGUGGUGGGCGAGAUGCACAGUGAGCGUGCAGAACAGAAACAGAUGGAAAGGGAAAAGAAGCGAGAGAAGAAGAGGGCUGGAAGGAAAUGA